AUGGAUUCGGAAAAUCAGGAAGCCUACUUGACGUGGGGAGAUGCGUAUAUCGCCAACCUAUUGUUGAUUCUGGGUCAUGGAGCGGCAAAAACAUCAGUUAUAUUCCUGCUUCGACGCAUUAACCACGACAAAUCGUUUAUUAGAGUUUGCAACAUUGUCCUGACUGUCAUUUUUAUUUGGAUUGUUGCUUCUGAGCUGGCUAUCUCAUUGCAAUGCGACUUGACCAUCCCAUGGUUCGCUACUAGCGAAUGUGAUAAUCCAACCCUCCGCUGGCAGGUUAUUGCUGCUUUUGACCUUUCGAUUGAAGUCGUCCUAUUUAUCAUGAGCGUGUCCCUUGUCUGGGAUCUCCAGAUGAGAUGGAUAAGCAAGGCAAUUGUUGUGGGGUCCUUUGGAUGUCGGCUGCUAUUAAUCCCAAUCUGCGUAACACGCUUAUCGUACCUUGACGAUACCUGGCAUAGUUCCGACCCAAGUCUCGACAGCGCCGACCUCGCCCUUUUGAGUCAAACGUUACUCCAUUACAGCCUCAUGGCGGCAACAAUACCGUGUCUAAAGCCAUUCGUGAUAGCGUUUAAUACCGGCUGGGGUCAGGGGCUAUCGAAUCAAAGCAGUAAUAACUAUUACUACAAGCGGUCGAUACUGAAUACAAUAAACAACCCAGCAGGAUCCGCCCAGAAUAAAAAGGCGCGGUUACAGAGUCGGAAAAUAAGUUCUAUAGAGGACAUUUGUCACCACGAGACACAUGUCUCGGGAGGUAAUGCAGCCGGUACGGGAGGCAAUGAAGGCGAAAGACGACAGGGUUCAGAAGCGGGGGUUAAUCAACUAGAUAUGAGCAUUCGGGAGACGAGGGAAUGGUCUGUGGAACACGAGUGUAUUGAGUUGGACUCAUUUACUAGACUUAGAUAG